GAUACUCAAGCCCCCUCAAAGAAGUCCCCCCGGAGAAGUUCAAUGUCACCGCCAUCCCAAAGGGCUACCGCUCCCCAUGGCAGGAGCUCCUUGGUGACAAGGACAACGCUGUGCAUAGCGAGAUCCAGCCGCCCAUGAGACCCUUUCCAUGGGAUUUCAGGAGCUUCAACAGGAAUCCCACCCCGUAUGACAAAGCCCUGGUCAGCGACCUGUUCUCUGUGCCUGCCAUGGACCUGGAUCACCUGAGCGUCCUGGAGGUGAUUUCCCACAGACCCAACUUCAACAGAGCUGCCCAAGGUUGGGUGCGGAUCCUACCGGAGAGCGAUGAGCUGUAG